AUGCUCCAAGCGCCCAUCCGGGUCUAUGCAGACGCCCGACAAAGAGCGAGACAAGGCUAUGGGCCUGCGCGGCUGCCCAGGGGCUUCGACGCGGACGCGCCCAGGGCAGGCAUCGCCGCUUUGCGCCUGGCUGCCGCAGGGCUGGAGGCAGCCAACGGCGUGUACCAGGUAACUUCCAAAGAGAAGUUUGGCGCCCCUGUGUUCCAGAACAUCUCUCAGCCAGGCUUCCGCAUUCUGCGAGACGAGCAGCUGAACAAGGGGAGAGCUCGACAUGGCUGGCUGCUGCUGUCGCCAGAAGGGGAAGCCCUCUACGGUCUUCCCACGGAGUCUUUGACUGUUCCAGUAUCGACCUGGCGCUGCUAUCAGGCACCGCAGCCUGCCCCGCGAAUCGAAGCGUUUCAGGUGCUCACAGAGGCGGUGAACGCCUUCGUGGAUGCUGUGGAGGAAUCGGUGAAGGAGGCGUUGGUUGCAGAGGACUGGCAAUCUGCACGCGCGGCCUCCACUUCGGCACUGGAAGGGCUCUGCCUCUCCGGCCAGCGCUUCGGCGAAAGAUUCGAGGCGCGCGCCGUGGCCCUCCUCCGCUGCAGGGCCCAGGCUGCCCUGGCACUGAGGGACUUUAAAGCCGCACUGCGAGACUCCGUGGUCAUCCUCGAGCUUUUGCCGGGUGAUGCUGCUGAGGAGAUGGCGCUCACUGCAGCUGCGGAGCUGGGAGCAGACGCUGGUGAGCUCCUGGAGGUCAUCCGCCGCGGCGGCAUCCUGGACCGCUGCUCGCCGCUGUCGCUGCGGGUUGUAGAGCAGUGGGUGGAGGAUGUUGCGAAGGUUGCAGAGGCCCGUGCAAAUCUGCGGCAUCGGCAGUCUGAAGGUGCUGUUGACAACGAUCCACAGCAACAGGGCGAGCAGGCCGAGCAGGCUCCGGCUCCUUCCGAGGAGCCUCGGCGCAGCAUCAAAUCCCUGAGCGGCUCCGAGGUCACGGAUGUCUACCAUCGUGGCUUUGUGGCAUGGGCCGGCUUUCCUCGCGCAGAAGAGAUGCGGGAGCCCCUGUUCUUCCAUGAGUGGGUCUUGUGGCUUGGCAACCAGCUCUCCAUUCUGAACUGGCGCCUACUGGCCAGACGGAAGGGGGUGCAGUUGGAAGACAGCACGGCGAUGUCACCUCGAUCACAGCAGAGGGCUGCGGUCGAAACCCUGGUCGCUGCCUUCGAGUCUGCCGGGCGGCCGGCAGUGGAGGAGCCGGAAGUGCAGGGGCGGCCAGCGCUUUGCGAUGCGGAGGCCGUGCUGCAGCAGGUGAGCCGAGCUGUUCCGGGCCUGAGAAGCCGCUGA